AAAUAUUAUAUGAAUAUUAAUGAGAAGUAAAUCACGUGGGAGCAAUCUCAUGAAUAAGAUGAACAUCAUUUCUCCAUAUGACGUGUUUUUAAUCAUCUGUUGAAAGCAACAUCGCAAAAUUAAUUUUCAAUUAAGAAUAUGCGGUGUAUAGUGUGGCUUCUGGAUACAAAUGCUGAACAAUGAAUAUUUGAUAAAAAUUAUAAAGAACCAAUCAGAUAUUAAAUAAACGGAAAUGUUUAGUAGGAAUAAACUUCGAAUUUUCUCCAUUUCUAUUGCUACCUGUGAUUCGCUUUUUAAAAUAAUACUUUGAAAGUAUUCAAUUUUUAUUUUUAGAUUAGGUUAAGGAACAAAUCUUGUUCCUUUCUGCAUGCAUUUUGCAUCAAUUGUUUUGAAGAAAAGUUAAGUUGUUCUGAUGUUGUGAGUGAACCGUUCAUGCAGUGGAACUGUAUUGAGGAUUUGAUUGUCUGCGAUUGCCCUUGCUGCAAAUCAAGAACUCCUGUGAAAUGCCUGAAAGCUGUCAUAGAUGUGAUAAAAGGACACGACUGGACGAAAGAAAUAUUCUUGAGAAAAGCAGUUUUUCAAGAAGAGUGUGAUCAGUGUAAAAAUGCUGAGGCUUUCGCCACCUGCAUGCAUUGUUCACAUGGAUACUGCUCUGAUUGCAUGAAGGAUAUAUCUGAACGAAGAGAUAAAGAGUAUCAUGUCUGUGAUGUGACAUACUGCAUGUGUCGCGUUCCAAUUGCAGUUUUUCAAGGAUUCUUGAAAAGGACAUUGAAAAAUGAGACAAAUUUAGAUCCCAGUGACCAGAGAAUUGAGCAAAGGGAUAAACCAAAUAUCUCAGUGGAAAUGUCCAUCGACAAAAAGAAUCGCAUCUUGUUGUUGAAUGCUGAAAUAGAAACAAAAUCUAAUAUCAAUAUGCAUGAGUGGAUGAAGGAUGACAAACCAUUAAAAAUGAACGACGGGAAAAAAUAUGAAGAAAAGGGAACUUUAACAAAUACACCACAAUUAAAAAUAUCUAAUAUUGGAAAAGAAGACGAAGGGAAAUAUACACUCACUGCCAAAAAUGCUUAUUACAAAGCAUCAAGUAACUGUGUUGAAUUCUGUGUUGAGAAAGGUGUGGUUGAUUUAUUGAUUUAUCAUCUCUAUAUAACACAUUUUUUUUAAAAAUCAGAUUCAUUAUAAAUAGCUUCUUUUCUGGUAUAAUAUCCUCUAUA